AUCCGGCUCUGACUUCAAGCUCAACUCUUGAAUUUACAUCCACCUCCAGAUUACUCAACCAACGCCCAUACGACGGCUCUCGUUGAUCAUGGACACUGCGUACAAGACUUGGGAGCUCGACAACAAUGUCACACUCGUGGACCCGCAAAGAGACGCCCUCUAUACUUACGAUACCGCCGAGCAAAAAGCCAUAGGAGAUGCCAAGCCAUGGAGAAACGACCCUCAUCACUUUAAGAAUGUGCGAAUAUCUGCGGUGGCCCUGCUGAAGAUGGUCAUGCAUGCGCGGUCUGGAGGCUCAAUUGAGGUUAUGGGCUUGAUGCAAGGCAAGAUUGCUGGAGACACAUUUAUUGUCACGGAUGCAUUCAGAUUACCAGUCGAAGGCACGGAAACUAGAGUUAACGCCCAGGACGAAGCAAACGAAUACAUGGUCUCAUACCUCCAAGCUUGCCGUGAUCAGGGCAAGCUCGAGAACGCUGUUGGCUGGUAUCAUAGUCAUCCAGGCUACGGCUGUUGGUUAUCGGGUAUCGAUGUCAGCACGCAAGCUACCCAGCAGACUUUCUCCGAUCCCUUCCUCGCAGUGGUCAUCGAUCCGGACCGUACUAUUUCAGCCGGCAAAGUCGAAAUCGGUGCCUUCAGAACCUACCCCGAGAACUACAAGCCGGCAGAUUCUGGUUCUGGUGACGGAUACCAGACUAUCCCGCUCGCCAAGAUUGAGGACUUUGGUGCACACAGCAGUCGAUAUUACUCGUUGGAGGUUUCUCAUUACAAGAGCACUCUCGAUACCCACCUGCUCGAGUUGUUGUGGAACAAGUACUGGGUCCAGACUCUGAGCCAGAGCCCACUGUUCACGAAUCGUGAAUACAGUAGCAAGCAAAUGCUUGAUCUGAGCUCCAAGAUUAGACAGGUUGAAACGGGCAUUCAACGUGCUAGCAAGGCCAUGCAAGGUAUGGGAGCAAGCAAAGCUAUGGAUCCGCAACUGGACAAGGUUGUGAAGGACAGCAACAAGAUCGCAGGAGAGGAGGCAACUGGCUUGAUGGCUGGUGAGGUCAAGGCAAAGCUGUUCAAUGGCCUAGGAGAGACCGCGAAACCUGCUGCUACACCUGUCGAAUCGUGAAGCUUUACACCAAGAAUCUUGAAAGCUCUGGCGGCAUUGCUUGGCGAAAAUCUCAUGCAUAGGCGUUCUGGCAAAACACGUUGAGGGUGUGGGAAACUUGGAGCUUCUCAGCAUUACUACUUAGAUGAAUUACGAAACACGCCAUAGGUGAUGGUAAUGAAUAAAAAUGACAUACAAGCCGAGAUGAACCGCCUUU